GAGCAUUGCGAUCUGAUUGGCCCGGAAAGCUAAAGCCACGCCCACUUUUCCAUUGGGCGAAUGCCAAGAAGCGCUGGGAUUGGCGGGCGUGUCCCAACCCCGGAGCUUCAUUCAGAAAAAAAAACUGUCAAUGAAACAAAGGGCUGUGAAGGCGGCGAUGAGCCAAUGGGCGGCCGCUCCCGGGCCCACGGCGGCCUGAGCGCCCGCGCGGGGCGGGGCCGCUCGGGGCUCCGCGUGGGCCGCGAAUCGGCACCGGCUGCGGGACGGGAGCGCGGGGACCGGCGGGACGGGGCCGCUGUCCCGGGGUUACGGGGGAAAAACCGGUCCCGGUGGCAGCCGGCGGGCUCGGUCCCACCUCGGAUCGCAAGUUUCGCGAUCGCCGCGAGUAUCGGGGAGCCCAGGGGGAACCGCGGCAGGUGGCGGCCACCCCGGUGGCUUCCGCUGGUGGCCGCCGCGGUAGAGCACGGGCGGGAGGAUGAAGGGGUACCUGGACCAGCAGGUGCCGUUCACGUUCCCGCAGCAGCCUCCGGGCCAGGCGGUUCCAUGUGGCGGAGCUUUGCUGGGCGUUAGGAAGAGACCCGGAGAGCCGGGCUGGCCACCGGUGCAGGACUCGGAAGAGCUCUUCCAGGACUUGAGCCAGUUCCAGGAGACUUGGCUGACAGAAGCUCAGGUUCCAGACAGCGAUGAGCAGUUUGUGCCCGACUUUCAUUCAGAAACCCCUUUUCACAGUCCCGCAAGGAUCAAAAAGGAGCCGCAGAGUCCCACCUUGGACCCCGCGCUGUCCUGCAGCCACAAGCAGCCGCUCCAGUACCACAAUGGCGAGCGGUGCCUCUACACCAGUGCCUAUGAUCAAGCCAGACAAGUGGGAAUCAAGUCCCCCAGCCCCGGAACCCCGACACAGUCACCGCUCCAACAGUUCCCGAGACAGGACAGGAGCUUUCUGACCCCAGCGGGGCCACCCCACCCCACAUCCAGCUGUGGGUACCUCCCCAAAAACAGCUCUGCGUUCCAGCCGCCCCUGGAGAUGUGCCGCUCCUUCCCCUCCUCCCAGGGCCUGGCCCAGGAGGGCUCCAGCGCCUACCAGCGCACCCAGUACCCUCCGCAGGGCUUCAAGCAGGAGUUCCACGACCCGCAGUACGAGCAAGCGAGCGGCAGCUGUCGGUACCCAGCGGCUGUGGCGGUGAAGCAGGAGCAGACGGACUAUGUGUAUGACUCAGAUGUUCCUGGCUGCCCUUCCAUGUAUGUAAAUGCUGAGAGUUAUCCAAGGCAUCUAAACACAGAAGAUGCACUAGGCUGCAGCUAUGACAAGCCCAUGAGAUCCUUUGCUGAUGACGUCUGUGUCGUUCCAGAAAAAUUUGAAGGAGACAUGAAGCAGGAAGGCGGAGGGUACCGGGACAGCCCUCCGUACCAGAGACGGGGGUCUCUCCAGCUCUGGCAGUUUCUUGUGGCUUUACUGGAUGAUCCCACCAAUUCCCACUUCAUCGCCUGGACUGGCAGAGGGAUGGAGUUCAAGCUUAUUGAGCCAGAGGAGGUGGCCAGGCUGUGGGGGAUCCAGAAGAACCGUCCGGCCAUGAACUACGACAAGCUGAGCCGAUCCCUUCGCUACUAUUAUGAGAAGGGCAUCAUGCAGAAGGUGGCCGGCGAGCGCUACGUGUACAAGUUUGUGUGUGAACCCGAAGCCUUGUUCUCUCUGGCCUUCCCCGACCACCAGCGGCCGCCGCUGAAGGCAGAGUUCGACCGGCAGGUCAGCGAGGAGGACACGGUGCCUCUUUUCCACCUGGAUGACAAUGCCGCUUACCUGCCGGACCUUGGCGGCCUCCCCCCACAGCUUUACAGCAAAGGCUACACGUACUAGAAGAGCCUGUGCCACCCUCGGUUGUGUAUAAGGAGACGUCUGGUUAGUAUUCAAGCAGUACAAGCAUUUUCCAGGCUGGCCUAGGGUGGCACUAAACUUCCUUUGGUCAGGAACAGCGUUCCGGUGCGCACAUGGACAAUCACCUCCCAGGCUCUUGUGACAAGACACCCAUAAUGGCAGGAUGGGAUUUGUUGUCAGUGAUGUGGACUUACCCUGAGCAGAACUGCUGUUUCAGCAGCAUAUGGGGCAAUUGGCGCCUCCAGUGGGAACAACCGAGCCGGUCACAGUCCCUCUCUUUGGUGAUGGAAGAGAUGCUGUCCUAUUGGGCUUUUUUUUUCAGCUAUGAGGAUGCUACAACGCUCUCGCUGCCUCCAUUCCUCCCGCACACGCACUGAACCCCUAUAGAACCCAGACUGAGCUUGGGGGGCUCUGGCCCCCCUCUGCAAGGCCAGGCUUUGCUGCUUCCCAGGACGGCCGGCUCACAGAUCACACACCUUCCUUCUCAACUGCUCUGUGGGAACAGGCAAGACUUGCAUCUUCUGUGCAUGUGCCUGUCUCAUCACCUCCUUGCUGGGAUGUCGGGGCAGCUGGAGGCACUGGCCGGGAUUUGAGCUGUCCUGGAGUACACGGGACUACGUACAAUUGAGGGGAUCUGCCUGCUGGGACACAGGUCAAGGCCAGUGUCACCUCCAGGUAGAGCGACUGCAGGAGGCAGCGAGGCCUGAGCCACCCGUUCGUUGUUGUAGCUUUUCCAAACCGAACAACUUCAACCACCAUCCUCAGGGUCUUUGGAGACCUGUCGGGCUCCUGAGUUGUGCCCAUCCUGGGCUGGGCUAGAAAACCACCCGAGGCAAGAAAAACACCUGGGGAAUGUCUCUUAAAAUGCUUUACGAGGUAACCCAAAGCAGAUAUAGUAUUUAAUAUCUGAAUUUAGACUUAAGCUCCACAGGCAUUUGCAUGUUUGAGGAAAUGCCGGCGUGUUGGAAGGGCCGCUCUCCCUGCAGCACACGCAACUUAACUGGGCCUCGACUGGUUUUCCACAAUAAUGAACAUUCAUAACGGGCACCACAUCCUUACCAAGAGGUGCCUUGUUUUUUAAUUAGCAGUGUACCCGUACAGAAAAAGCCAUUUUUCUACUGCUUCAGCCUGCCGCUCCAGCUGCUGAAUCCAGAGUGCUGCCUGGACAGGAAAAUUCUGUAUAUUGAUUGCAAACCUGAUGUUCCCCCGGUGACUCUUCCCUGCAUGGCUAAUGCCAGCCCCCCCGGCCCUGGCUCUGAGGGCUGGACACGCAGCUCCUGCUGUCCGAGAAGCCAGAGGCCCAGAACUGGGGUGUCCUGGCAGCCCCUGGUCCCCCCGCCUUGUCCCGCUCCCUCCACAGCCUCCGGUGUCCCAGAAGGGAGGGUGAAGGGGAACCCUUCUGUUGGUAUAAGCUGCCUUUACUAUUUAUGAAUGUAAAAAUACUAUAAUUAAUAAAUUGGUCUAUGCCUUUCA